AUGAAGGAUGGAAAUGAUGACAUAAACAAGAAUGAUUUAAGGAAACAAAGCUUAUAUGUUCAUUCAGAGUUUAUAUGUCCAGAUGGGCUGGCCCCGUUGUCAUCAGCGGAGAUAAUAGAACCACUUCAGCGAAUUUACUUUGAUCCAACAACUGAAAUGAAUGGUAAUGGUGGCACUACCGAUCUCUUCGAAAAAUCCUUAGCACAAUACAAGGAAAUGAAUAAUAAUCUAAAGAAAAAUCUAGUCUCAAAUAUAAAGCUGAAAAAAAUGAUGGGUGUAGAAUUGACUGAUACAAAAGUUAUUGCCAUUUCAGGAGCAGUCGCAGGAUUUUUUUCAGGGAUUUUAGUAUGUCCUCUCGAUGUUACUAAAACAAGAUUACAAGCUCAAGGUUUACAAUCAGCAGGUAAAUCAAGAUAUUACAAUGGUUUAAUUGGGACUAUAAAUACAAUCGUAAAGGAUGAAGGUAUACUAGGUCUGUAUAAAGGUAUUGGACCAAUUUUAAUGGGAUAUUUGCCCAGUUGGAUGAUUUACUUCUCAAUCUAUGAGGUCAGUAAAGAUUCAUUCCCAAAAAUAUUUCCUAAUUCCGUCUUUUUAACUCAUUUUUUCUCUGCACUGACUGCUGGCUCUGUAUCGACAAUUUUAACAAAUCCAAUAUGGGUAAUCAAAACUAGAUUAAUGUUACAGAAUGAUAUUGGCAAAAAUUCAACACAUUAUAAAAAUACCAUUGAUGCUUUUAUAAAGAUCUAUAAACAAGAAGGUCCGAAAGCAUUCUAUGCAGGAUUACUACCAUCACUAUUUGGAUUAUUUCAUGUGGGAAUUCAGUUCCCAAUAUUUGAAAAUCUGAAAACAACAUUCAAGUAUAAAACCGUGAAGAUUUCAGAAGAAAUUGAUAACAAUCAUGGAGCAUCGACCAAGAAUUUAGAGCCAACUAAUACUAACAGUACAAUAAAUCUAGAUAGAUUGAUAAUGGCAUCAUGCUUAUCUAAAAUGAUUGCCUCGUUAGUGACAUAUCCUCAUGAAAUUCUAAGAACUAGAAUGCAAUUAAAAUCAAAUUUACCACCAUCUGUUCAACGCAAAAUUAUACCAUUAAUUAAAAAGACAUACACUAAAGAAGGGUUUAAGGGUUUCUAUUCUGGAUUUUUUGUAAAUUUAUUGAGAACUGUCCCUGCAUCCGUAAUUACAUUAGUGACAUUCGAAUAUGUACAGAAUUUUUUACGGGAAUGA